AUGAAUUUACCAAUUGAAUUGAAAAAUUACGAUAUCCAGCUUACCUUAACCGGAAAUACCGCAAUUCCUAUAAAUCCUCCCGUUAAAAGCCCACCAUUCCGACCAACUCAAAUUAACGAGGCCUUUAGAUUCACUUUAACCGAUUUUAAGGUCCCUUUUGAUACGAUCACAAAUUACUAUUGUGUACUGGCAUACGACGAUUGGAGUCGUUAUACAGGAAUUCCAGGAAGCGAGGAUGUGGUUCUUGGAUCUGCCAAGAUCGAACCU